AUGGACUGGCUCAUCGUUUCGCUGCUGGUGUUGGCCGUGUCCACCUCAGGGCAGCUGUGCCCCAAGCGUUGUAUGUGCCAGAACCUAUCGCCUUCGCUUGCCAUCCUCUGCGCCAAGACGGGCUUGCUUUUCGUGCCCACGGUAAUUGACCGCCGCACGGUCGAGCUGAGGCUAACGGAGAACUUCAUUACAGCCGUGAGGCGCAGGGAUUUUGCCAAUAUGACAAGCCUCUUGCACCUGACCCUUUCUCGAAACACCAUCAGCCAAAUCAUGCCUUACACUUUUGCUGACCUCAAGAGACUGCGGGCACUACACUUGGACAGCAACCGCCUCAGCGUGGUCACCGAUGACCACUUUCGAGGACUUACCAAUCUGAGGCACCUCAUCCUUAGCAACAAUCAGCUGCAUGACAUUUCCCCACAUGCUUUCGAUGACUUCUUGGGGACCUUGGAGGACUUGGAUCUGUCUUAUAACAACCUGGUGGACAUCCCAUGGGAGACCAUUGGACGCCUGACCAAUGUGAACACUCUGAACAUGGAUCACAACCUUAUUGAGCACGUCCCUCAAGGGGUAUUUGCCAACUUGCACAAGCUAGCUCGUCUGGAUAUGACAUCCAAUAAGCUGAAGAAAAUUCCCCCGGAUCCAUUGUUUCUUAGGAUCCCAGUUUAUGCCAAGUCCAAGGGUUCUCCUCUCUCUUCACUCGUGCUAAGCUUUGGAGGCAACCCUCUCCACUGUAACUGUGAACUUUUAUGGUUGAGGAGACUUACUCGAGAGGAUGACCUGGAGACCUGCGCUUCACCUCCUGACCUCACUGCCAAGUAUUUCUGGACUAUACCUGAGGAGGAGUUCAUUUGUGAUCCACCAGUGAUCACCAGAAAGUCCCCUAAAACCUUUGCCAUGGAAGGACAACCCACUAGUCUGAAGUGCAAGGCCAAUGGAGAUCCAGAUCCAGAUGUCCACUGGAUCUCCCCUGAAGGCCGACUGAUCUCCAACACCUCGCGGACACUUACCUUUAGCAAUGGAAGCCUGGAGAUCAAUAUCACUUCUCUGAAGGAUACUGGAGUAUUCACUUGCAUUGCAUCCAAUGCUGCAGGGGAGUCCACCGGUACUGUGGAGCUGGUGGUCAAUCCCUUGCCUCACCUGGCCAAUAGCACAAAUCGGGUUCGGGAGCCUGAUCCCGGACCUUCGGAUAUCCUAACGUCUGCCAAGUCAACCUCACCCACUGGAAAUGACACCGGACCUCAAGAGCGGAAAGUUGUGCUUGCUGAGUUGACGGUAAACUCUGCUCUUAUAAGGUGGCCUUCACAGCAGCAGUUCCCGGGGAUCAGAAUGUACCAGGUCCAGUACAACAGCUCAGUGGAUGACACACUUGUCUACAGAAUGAUUCCCUCCACCAGUCAAGAUUUUUUAGUGAGGGACCUGGUGUCAGGUCGGGAAUACGAUUUGUGCGUGCUGGCCGUCUACGACGAUGGUAUGACGUCGCUCACGGCGACACGGCAGGUGGGCUGCGUUCAGUUUGUCACGGAGACGGAGUACAGCCAAUGUCAGUCCUUACACAGUCAGUUCCUGGGCGGGACCAUGAUCAUCAUCAUCGGUGGCAUCAUUGUGGCUUCCGUCCUCGUCUUCAUCAUAAUUCUCAUGAUACGCUAUAAGGUCUACAGCCAUCAGGGGGCGGAAUCGAGCAAGGCCUCCGCCAUGACUAACGUUCGUUCCCAGACCAACGGGGGACAAGCCGGGGGCCAGGUACCACGCUCUGGUUCCAAGGUGACAGAGGGUCAGGAUGAGCAAGGAGGAGGCUUUGCAGUCGUGGUGGGCGGGAGUGCAGCCGCCACGCCCAACAGCACCGCCCUCAAACACUCGAACCCUAUGGCUCUUGUUGUAGAUUGUGAGAAAGAGCCGGAGGUUGCGGAGAUGACCUCAGAGGACACUGUGUCACCCAGCCAAAGGCCUUACAGGACUUGCAUAGAACUCAAAAGAAGGUCGUCAGUGGCCGGCAAAGAGGUCACGUGUGUGGACAUACCAGAAAGUCUGUACCUUUACUCCUCCGUCUAG